AACAUUUCAAACAAACUUUCCAAACAGAAUUUCCCGCCGUCCUCUCUUUCUAGUUUCUUCCUUAAUCUUCAAUUUCCCCAGAAUACUAGUUUCUUAAUUUCAAGAACCCAGUUUCUUUCUACCCAAAUAUCUGAUGGCUUCUCUUCAUUCAGCAACCAAUUCAACCCAUGCGUCUGAUCUUGGGUUCUUCCUCAUUCGAAAUUUCAUUUUAAUGGGAACUACUGCUGCUGCUUCAAACAACGCUGUUGAGAGGUGCAACCAAAUUCUGGUUUCACAUAAUAUCAGCAGAAAGAUUUGGCAGAAUGAGGAAUCUGGCAAUUGUGCAAUAUCUGAUGGUUCCUUUCCUGGAGCCUCAGCCUCAAGUAGUCCCUCAAGAUUCAUCAUAGAUUCUCCUGGUCGAAAAGUAGGUGAUAGACAGCCAAAUGGUUAUUUGGCCAAUCAAAAUGGUGUACACAAUGUGAAUCCUAAUGGUGCCGGUAAUGGAAGGGGUGCUAAUAUUCAUCCCAAUGUUGGGAAUGUGGGACCUGUUAUGAAUGGAAUUGGUGGUAAUCAUGGAGGGAAUGGGAAUGGGAAUGGGAAUGGUGCUGGUGCUGGUGCUGGUGCUGGUGCUGGUGCUGAAGGCAAUGGUGGGGAGCCAAUUACGAUAAACAGGUACACUGCGAAUAAUGAGUAUAUCGAAACCAUUGAAACGCAGAUAAUUGCAAAUAAUUAUGCUAGUUGGAAUGCCUUUGCCGGAGCUAUCAGUCAUCUUUGGCAUGAGAGGAACGACAAUCCAGUCCCCACUGGGAUACCACAUCCGUAUCCUUUAUUCUGUUGGCCAGGGAGUAUUUCUGUCUAUGGACGUCUUGAAGCUAAUGAUGAUCUGCAUUCUGUCGAUUUCGAUGUGCUAAACCCUGAGGAAUGGGGAGAUGUAAGAGAACAAAUCAAUUACCUCAGGCUAGUUGAGCUCGGCCAACCUGGGAACAGAACAAUUAUUAUACAUAGGUAUAAUGCAAAUGAUGAGCAUAUAGAAACCUUCAACAGCCAAAUAAUUGCCUAUGGAUAUGGUAGUUGGUAUGCCUUAGCCCGAGCUAUAUUUCAAAUAUGGAAGCAGAGGAACCUCAAUGUCAAUGAACCUGAGAUAGCACAAAUGAAUCCUGACUUAUGUUGGCCUGGGAGUAUGCCUGGCUUUGGAAUUCAUGUAUCUGGGCAAUUGCUGCCUUUAAACUGGCCUGAACAUGCAUGGGGAUCUGUAAGAGGGGUAAUCAAUAGCCUCCAUCUGUUUGAGGAGGCGCAACAUGCCAACUGACAUCACCUACAAACAAGGAACUUAAUCUUGCAAAAUUAAAUACUCUUUUUGUUUUGUUUUUUCAGUCUGGGAAGACAUAUUAGAUUCUAUACAUGUGAGAAUGCUUUCUAAAUUCCAAGUAUGAAAUUCAAUGUGUACAAUUUGUAAAAAAAUCCUCAUGCAGAGAAGGUUAAAUAAAAUGGAGUUUUUCUUGUUUCCUAAA